UUAUUUGAUCGGUAUGAACAUAGUAUUUAGUAACGAACAUUAUGAUACGACUGUUAUCUGAGGUGUUCGGCAUGACGUGCCAUAUUGUAAUGCGAGUAUACUGUUGUACAGUCGACAAGUAACAAACACGUGUUUUAUAGGUACUCUAAACCUACUCAUUUUUCUAUAGUUUCUGUGUUUUUUGUUGAAAAAUUGGUUUUGAGUGAAUAAUGUCUGAUAAAACACCAAAUGUGUUUUCUGUAUUUAAUUUUAAGAAAAAAACAUGAAACGUGUAACAUCGAAACAGAAGAAGAGUACUGGUGAAGAGUGGCUUACUACAGAAUUAUCGACACAUUAAUUAUUAAUCUUAAAAGCAGAUUUUCAACCGAAAGCUUAUUAUUAGCCACUCGUUAGAUAGUUUUCUUAAAAUGGAUUCAAAAAACAGUGAAUAUUUUAUUAAUCAAUAUCGGUCAAUUUUAAAUGUCAAUCAAGAUGAUUUAAAGGCAGAGAUGCUCGUUGCUAAAAAUUGUGCAUUAAAUUUAAAUAAUGAUUUUGAAUUAGACACCAUCAAAGAAAUUGCGAAGAGGAAUACAUUUCCAAACACCUACAAGCUGUUUCAAGUAGCUCUAACCAUACCGAUAAGUUCGGCAACAUGCGAGCGAUACUUCUCAUGUAUGAGGCGCAUUAAAAAUUGGUUGAGAACAUCAAUGGAGCAAGAUCGAUUUUCAAAUUUA